GUAACACACUCUGGUGAUUCAGGCCUGCGUGCUGUUGUCGAGCCUUCUGUAACUUGCCACACGGAGCGUAUGGCUGAUUGUGGUGUUCGCUCGGACACAGGAGUGACAGUCGGCCGCUAUGUUCCGGUGGCUCCUGGGCGGUAAAGAACCGCAGGGCGGCGUGGAGAAGACCGCAGUGUUAAACAUUGGAGAAGAGCAGAUCCAGAAUCCAUACACCGAGCUCACAGCUUUAACAGGUCACCAUGAUAUAGUGCGUUUCCUUGUGCAAGUGGAUGAAAACAGGUUUGCCUCAGCGUGUGACGAUGGAUCGGUAUUGGUUUGGGAUGUUCAGACUGGAGAAAUCCUCUUUGAGUUCCAUGGGCACACUCAGAAGAUUACAGCUAUAGCUGUAUUUCCAGCCAGUGAAACGUCUCACAUAAAGAAUGACCUGAUACUCACUGCGUCGUCUGAUAAGACUCUAAUUGCUUGGGAUUGUGUAAGUGGACAGCAGUGGCAGAAAGCUUCAAAUUUCCAUUCUACUGUAAAGACCUUGCUUAUUGUGCAAAGCUUGGAUGUGUGGCUUUCUGCUGGCUCUGAGCUCCGCGUGUGGAAUCGCAAUUUUAACCUCUUGGGUGAGGCAGAAUUCUUAUCUGACGGAGGUAUCGUGGCGUUGAUUGAACUUCCCAAGCGUUGUGUGGCAGCAGCAGUUGGAAAAGAUUUGAUAAUCUUUAAAAUCGGCCCUACUGUCCCGGGAUCAGAUAAAUGGGAUAUUGUUAUAAUUAAACGCCUUUCAGGUCACCGGGAUGUUGUUCGGACCGUGAUAAAUGUCAACGAGAUGACAUUCGUGAGCAGCUGCGAUGCUGGGGAGAUGGUUGUGUGGGACGCUUUAGACUUCUCUGUCCAAGGUCGUGAGAGAAACUUCCCGCACAUGUAUGCACAGCAAGACUCACCGCCAGAGAGGAGGCAGCUGCCGACACAAGAGGAGGUUUCCAUCCAACAUCUGUCGUCUGAUGGAGAGUGUGUGUAUGUGGCGGUGGGAAGAGGGAUCUACGUUUACAACCUUCACACAAAGAGAGUGAUUGCUUUUCAGAAGACCGCUCAUGACUCCAGUAUACAGCACAUGGCAAUCAUCCCCAGCAGGUUGAGCACAUUGCUUUUUUCAGGUUUCUUCACCAUGUUGGGUUUUGGAAAAGGCAGUAAGCAGCACAAUCAAACCGUGAAGAAGACAAAUGAAAACGGCAUUGCAGCUUCCUUGGAGCUGAUUGGGGAUUUAAUUGGACAUUCUUCUUCUGUACAGAUGUUCCUGUAUUUUCAAGAUCAUGGCUUAGUCACAUGCUCGGCCGACCAGCUCAUCAUCCUGUGGAAAGAAGGAAAGCGGGAAUCCAGAUUACGUAGCCUUCUGCUUUUUCAGAAAUUAGAGCAAAAUGGAGACUUGCAGCCCCGAUAUUCCCUCCACUGA